AUGGCAUCUAUUGCUGCGAUUACCGCGAGUUUUACUGCUUCCCUUGCCCUCACUAAGGGUGGUGAUACUCCUAAUCUUGGAAAGAUUAGCCGCGGUCGUGUUCCCCGAACGUCUCAAGUUUCUUUUAUUGGGAAUCAUCCGACCCAUCCCAUUGUUCCUCUUGUUGCAUUUCAGUCCAAUUUCAGUCCAACUUGGGUUGUUGAUAUGGGCUUACAACGGCCAGGAAACUUUUGUCCUAAAGUUCUUAAGAAAAAACAUGUUGCGCUGAGGCUCGUCUCAUAUUCUGCUGCUACUCUAACCGAGAUAGUAGUCAGCCGAAAGCAAUUUAUGGCUGGUAUGUUCACACUAGUAGGGAGCUUAUUUUGUAGUAUAAUCCUUGGUUGUUUGGUCACGAAAGCUGCAGGAGCUGAUCAAGAACCUAAACCUAGCGAUAUAAAAUGUAAUACUACAUUCAAAGAUGUCAAGGGUGUUGAUGAGGCUAAAGCUGAGCUGGAGGAAAUUGUUCAAUAUCUUCGAAAUCCCAAGAAAUUCUCCCGCUUAGGAGGUAGAAUUCCUAGAGGUGUUCUACUUGUUGGUGAACCCGGCACAGGUAAGACCAUGUUAGCCAGAGCUGUUGCAACAGAAGCCAACGUUCCAUUCUACGAAACUUGUGGUAGCGAGUUUGAUGAGGCGGGCGUUGGAGCUGCAAGAGUGAGAAAUCUUUUCAAUGCUGCAAGGAAGAGAUCCCCCUGUAUUAUAUUUAUCGACGAAAUAGAUGCUGUUGGAGGAUCACGAAGAUAUGAUCGCUAUAGGACUACUGUGAACCAGCUGCUAGUUGAACUAGAUGGCUUCAAACAAAACGAAGGUAUAAUUGUCAUCGGCGCUACUAACUUCCUUGGAUUAUUGGAUAAAGCCCUAGUGAGAGCUGGACGAUUUGACCGCCAAGUUGAUAUCCCUAUGCCAGAUGUUAAAGGCCGGAAGGAGAUAUUGGAAUCAUACAUGUCAAAAGUAGUUGCGGCAGAUGGUGUAAACUUGGGCGUUAUUGCUAGAGGAACUACUGGGUUUUCACCUGCUGAUCUUUCAAACUUGGUUAACAUUGCAGCUGUGAAAGCAGCAGUUGAUGGUUCUGCACAAGUGAGUAUGGCUGAUCUUGAAGAUGCCACGGAUAGGAUCACAGAUGGAACCGAGCAAAAAUCGGCAGUUGAAUCGAUAUCUGAUGAAAUACGAAAGCUCAUAGCUUAUCACGAGAGCGGACAUGCACUUGUAUCCAUUCAUACCGAUGGGGCACUUCAGAUUCAAAGGGCUACGAUUGUGUCACGAGGAAUGACUCUUGGAAUGGUUACGCAACUGACCGACAACGAUGAUGAGAUAAUAAGUACGCGGAAGCAGAUGCUUGCUGAGCUUGUUGUUUGUAUGGGAGGUCGUGCGGCGGAGGAGCUAAUAUUUGGAGAAAAUAAAGUUACUUCGGGCGCAUCAUCUGAUAUCGAGGAGGCAACUUAUUUGGCAACAGAUAUGGUCACAAGAUAUGGAAUGAGCUUGAAGAUUGGGCAUGUUUUCCACGACUACGAUGAAGGCGGAAGUACAUUGAGUGCCGAAACUAGAUCUCUUAUUGAGAAUGAGGUGAGAGAACUGUUGGAAAAGGCUUACAAGAAUGCGAAAAGCAUAUUGAAGACUCAUCUGGAAGAGCUUCAUGCAAUAGCUAAUGCAUUACUCGAGCAAGAGACUCUUUCUGGGAGUCAGAUCAAGGAAAUAGUUGAUCGGGUGACUUCUCUUCCGCCUAAGACUAAAAAGAAAAAAGAAAAAAAAAAGAACUCUCUUCUAUCAUCAAAAUACAGCCAUGAAAGCCAACUAGUUUUACUUGCGUAA